AAGAAGAAGAAAAGCACCCAUGUUGCGGUAAACACAAGUGCCGUCUACACGUGAGACACUUGAAAAUAAUAGAAAUUUACGAUGUUUUAAGUAUUACUUGUUCUUGAACGUUUUAAAACAACUGUCCUAUUCAAUAAUUUGGUUGUUGACGAGUUGUUGUUGAGGUUAUCAACUGUUAUUAUCAGUUCAACAUGAAGUUCGCGUAUAAGUUUUCCAAUCUCUUUGGGUCAGUAUACCACCGCGGGAACUUACUUUUUACCCCAGAUGGCAACUCUGUUAUUAGCCCCGUAGGAAACAGAAUUUCAGUUUUUGAUUUACGGAACAAUAAAACCUCUACUCUCCCAGUUGAAAGCCGAUUUAAUUUCACUGCUCUUGAUCUCUCUCCUGAUGGUUGUAUACUAAUCGCUGUCAAUGAAGAAGGAGAGGCACAUUUGAUAAGUUUGAUCAGUGGCACUACUGUUCACAAGUACCGAUUCAAGAGGAAAGUGAGAUGUAUACGCUUCAGUCCAGACGGAAAGCAUUUUGCAGCCUGCAAGGAAAACAAUGUCUUUGUUUUCAAGUCUCCUGGGCCAGCAACUGGAGAGUUCAACCCGUUUAUAAUGGAACGUGUUUUUCAUGGUGCUUUUGAUGAUACCACUUGUCUUGACUGGUCAGGUGACUCAAAGAUUUUGGCUGUUGGCUCAAAGGACAUGUGCACUAAACUCUACUCUUUGGAAAAGUUUGCCAACUUUCGUGGAGUUACUUUGGGAAGCCAUUCUGACGCCAUAAGAGCUGUAUUUUUUGAGAAACAAUCUUUGGACCUAAUCACUAUAGCACGAAAUGGACAUCUCUGCAUUUGGGAAAGUAGUAUUGAACCAUCAGACUUGGAGCCAUGGGAACCACUAAAGAAAAAAGUUAAAGAGGCUUCAAACAGUGAUAGCGAAGAUGACAUUCCACAGACUUCGGGUGACAAAACUUCAAAGGAGUCGAAAGGAUCAAAAAGUGAUGAAGAAAUGGAAGUAGAUGAUGAUGGUAAUGAACAGAUGAAAAAACUUGUCUACAAGAGAUUAGCAAGGCACUAUUUGAAUGAUCUCGUGAAAGCUGAUAGAAGUGCAACUUUGACUUCAGCUUCAUACCAUGCUGAGACUCAUGUUUUAGUUACUGGAUUUUCCUGUGGGUCAUUCUUUUUGCAUGAGAUGCCAAAUGUCUCUCUCAUUCAUUCCCUCAGUAUUUCAGACCAAGUUAUUGCAUCUGUUGCAUUGAAUGCCCCAGGUGACUGGAUUGCCUUGGGUUGUUCUGGUCUUGGCCAAUUGCUUGUGUGGGAAUGGCAAAGUGAAACCUAUGUCAUGAAGCAGCAGGGACAUGCUAAUAACAUGACAUGCCUAGCCUACUCCUCAGAUGGUCAAUAUGUUGUUACAGGUGGUGGAGAUGGAAAGGUUAAACUUUGGAACACCUCAUCUGGGUUUUGUUUUGUUACUUUCCAUGAACACACAGCUGCUGUGACAGGUGUUCAGUUCAGUCACAACAGGAAAUUUGUGGUCACUUCGUCCCUUGAUGGCACUGUACGAGCUUUUGACAUGACUCGAUAUCGGAACUUCAGGACAUUGACAUCUCCUAGGCCUGUUCAGUUCACUUGUGUAGCACUGGAUCGAAGUGGAGAUUUCAUUGCUGCUGGUGGCCAAGACGUUUUUGAGAUAUAUCUUUGGUCUAUUAAAUUAGGUCGACUGUUAGAGAUCCUCUCUGGCCAUGAAGGACCAGUUUCUAGUAUUGCAUUCAGCCCAAGUCCUACUAGUACUGCUAUGGCGUCUGUUAGCUGGGACAAAACAUUACGUUUGUGGAAUGCAAUUGAAAGUGGGUCUGCUCAUGACACUGUUUCUUUACCUGCAGAUGGACUUUUUGUAACAUAUCGUCCUGAUGGGGAGGAAGUUGCUGUGGCAACUCUAGAUGCUCAGGUUUCUUUCUUUAGUGCUAAAACUGGUGAUCAAAAAAGCUGUAUUGAAGGUCGAAAUGAUUUGGGCAGUGGCAGAUCUGAUACAGAUCUUGUAACUGCCAAACAGACUUUGAAGGGAAAAGCUUUCAACAGUCUAUGUUAUUCUGCCGAUGGUGAGAACAUUCUAGCUGGCGGGCAAUCAAAGAAUGUGUGCAUUUACAAUGUAAAAGAAUCAAUGUUGGUGAAGAAAUUUGAGAUAACGCAGAACAGAUCAUUUGAUGCAGUUGAUGAUUUUGUAAACCGACGCAAUAUGACUGAAUUUGGUAAUCUAGCUCUUGUUGAAGAACGAGACGAAGAUGAGGAUGGAAAUGUUGCUUUAAAAUUACCUGGAGUUAAAUCAGGUGAUAUGGCUGCAAGAAAUGUUAAACCAGAAGUUAGAGUUUUUUCCCUUCAAUUUUCCCCUACAGGCCAAGCUUGGUCAGCAGUUACUACUGAAGGGCUUUUAGUGUAUUCCCUUGACUUGGGAUUGGUUUUUGAUCCCUUCAUGUUGGAAUUGGGUGUCACUCCUGAAUCCACAAGAAAAACUCUGAAGGAGUGUGACUAUGCAAAAGCUUUAAUGAUGGCAGUAAAAAUGAAUGAACAAGAUCUCAUUCAAGAAGUAGUGGAGUCAGUUCCCCCUGAAAGUGUGGAAUUAACAGUAUCUUCAAUGCCUCCCACCUACCAAGUUCGGGCAUUGAGAUUUGUGGCAGGGUCUCUAGAAUCUACCCGACAUAUUGACUUUUAUCUUCAGUGGUCAACUUUCCUCCUUAACUCUCUAAGCCCUGGACUACUUCGUGAUAGAGGUUCCACAACAUACACACAACUUCUGCCUGUGUUAUUAACAUUGCAGAAAGCUCUAACACGCAAACAUGACGAACUAGGAAAAAUUUGCGAUUUCAACAAGUACACACUACGUUACCUUCAAAAGUUAGGGGAACUCAGAAAAAAUAGCAGUUCUGCUGUACAAGUCAAUUCCGAGGGAGAGGAAGAUAACGAAUCUAGUGAUAUAAGUGAUGAAGAACUGAUGUUAAUGGGAUAAGGAAAAUCUUGUUUAUAUCGUAAUUAUACAAUAAUUAUGACAG